UUUCUAGAUAUGUGGGCUUCACCGUACAGAAAACCGGGUCCAUCUAAUAAUAUUGCUGGGAUCUUUUACUGCUAACCAGUGUCUCCCCUGGUGUAAGCAUGGCUUUGAGCUUUCCAGCCAUUACCAAACUUAGGGCAACAAACCCCAAACCCUCUUUUCGCAAAGACUCAUCUCUUCAUUCUUCUCCAAGUUGGUUCUCUAAUAAAUGUCCAAAGACCCAUCUAAAGCAUUCUAAAAUGGCAUGCUCUCAACCAAAGAUUAGAGCCCAAAGUUCUCCUGAUUAUGUACCCGAGGCGAAAUUCUACAAAAUCGAAGCAAUUUUAAGGCCAUGGCGGGUUCCUCUUGUUUCAUCGGCGCUUAUUCAAAUGGGCAUUCGUGGUGUGACUAUUUCUGAUGUUCGUGGAUUUGGGGCGCAAGGUGGAUCUACAGAAAGGCAGGCCGGAUCUGAAUUUUCUGAAGACAAAUUUGUGACCAAAGUAAAAAUGGAAAUUGUGGUGAGCAAGGAUCAGGUUGAAGCAGUUAUUGAAAAGAUUAUUGAUGAAGCAAGAACUGGAGAAAUAGGAGAUGGCAAGAUCUUUUUGAUUCCAGUUGCCGAAGUGAUAAGAGUUCGAACAGGUGAACGCGGGGAGAAGGCGGAUAGAAUGAUGGGAGGGCGCUCGGAUUUGAUUUCAUCUGCUGCUUCUGCUUGAUCUGCUGGCAAUUUGCGAUUAAGUGUAGGAUUACAAUGCCAUUUUAUCAUAUGAACUUCUCUGUUAUCUCUAUCCAGUAAUAUUUUUUUCACUUAUGGUGCUUUGACACAGCUGUGUUUUCAGAUGCUUUUGAGAGAGUGAGAGAGAGAGAGAGAGAGGAUUACGGUUGCUGCUAUAUCUAUUGCUAGAAAUAAAUAGUGAUAGUGGUGCUUUUGUCA